CGAGAGAGGGAUCAGACGCAUCGCAAUCGCAAUCGCAACCGGCCACCAUGGACAUGGAGCACCAGCUGCUUCUCUUCUCGCCGCAGGAGCACUUCAUGGCCAGCCCGCCGGGCUUCUUCGCCGUGGGCGCCGGAUACUCCGCGCAUUUCCAGACGGGCGAGUUCGUCGAGCCGGUUGGCGUCGUGGCGACCGGCAUCGAGGACGGCGCGUGGGUGGAGGACCUCAUGCAGCUCGGCGACGAGCUGUUCGGCGGCGGCGAUGUCGCUGCCGUCGCCGGCACGGGAGACCACGAGCCGUGGUGGUACGAAGACGACGGCGGCGGCGGGUCGGGGUCCACGGACGGGCCGCCGGCGAGCGUCUCGCCGGGCGGCUACGGGAGCCCUCCUCCCUCCGGGGAGCAAGGCGCCGAACCGCACCGCGAGGACGGCGGCGACGACGCGUCGCCGGUGACGCGGAAGCGGAGGGACCGGUCCAAGACGAUGGUGUCGGAGCGGAAGCGGAGGGUCCGGAUGAAGGAGAAGCUCUACGAGCUGCGAUCGCUCGUACCCAACAUCACCAAGAUGGACAAGGCCUCCAUCAUCGCCGACGCCGUGGUGUACGUCAAGAACCUGCAGGCGCACGCCAGGAAGCUCAGGGAGGAGGUCGCGGCGCUCGAGGUGCGCCCGAGGUCGCCGUCGCCCGCCGGGCCCGGGCACGAGCAGCACGGCGGCCGCACGGCGGCGGCGGCUGCUGCUGGCCGACGCCACCACCGCCCCGCGGCGGCCGGCCACGGCGCGCGGCUGAGCCACGUGGGUGUGGUGCAGGUCGGCGACGGCCGGUUCUUCGUGACGGUGGAGUGCGAGCGGCGGGACGGCGUGGCGGCGCCGCUCUGCGCGGCCGCCGAGUCGCUGGCGUGCUUCCGGGUGGAGAGCUCCAGCCUCGCCCGGUCAGGACCGGACCGCGUCGUGUCAACGCUCACGCUCAAGUUGAGCGAGCGAGUAGGGGACACGAUCAUCGGCGAGAACUCGGUGAAGCUCUGGGUGAUGGCGGCUCUGCUCAAGGAAGGCUUCCGGCCCGAACCGACGGUCGAGAUCUCCUCACGGUCCACUUGUCAACCGAUCAACUGAUGUUCAGACUCUUGUUUGUAAAACAAGUUAAGUGUCAACUGAUUUUGUUAUCUCUCGGUCGUGCUCUAGGGUGAUGUGACACGUGUUCUCGUUCGUCCAACCCUUUUGUGUGAUCUGGACCGUCCACCUACCCGGUACCUGUGUGCAGUGUCCUGUUGAAACCAAUGGUACCGUAGCAUAUAUUCUGCGACACAAUGGGGAGUGGGAAAUAGAAAUGCAGAUGCAUUCGUACGUCAUGUGACUCGUGUAUGAGCGGAUCAUGGGCGGAGCUAUGGCCCCCCUGCCUAACGUAAAUCUGUACAUUUCCUUGAUUUUCAGUCCUUCGUUCCAUUGACACUCGAUUAGCACCAC